GUCCUUUUGAGGAAGUCCCCGGGGCGUACAGAGCAAGCCCACGCGAGGGCACCUCUGGAGGGGAGGUAAGCCGCAGGACCUUGUAAAGCCAAGAAUGUCAGAAACCUCCAGGAUCUCCUCCUUUGGAGGCAGGAGAGCAGUGCCACCCAACAACUCCAAUGCAGAGGAGGAUGACCUGCCCACAGAGGAGAUUCACAGCCUGGUGCCCCGGGGCGUCAACAUGGAAGACUUUCUUAAUGUCAGGAACGUCCACCUGUUCAAGGAGAGAUGGGACAGCAACAAGGUGGAUCACCACACUGACAAGUAUGACAACAACAAGCUGAUCGUCCGCAGAGGGCAGCCUUUCUACAUGCAGAUCGACUUCAAUCGUCCAUACGACCCCAGACGGGAUCUCUUCAGGGUGGAAUACGUCAUUGGUCGAUACCCGCAGGAGAACAAGGGAACCUACAUCCCAGUGCCUAUAGUCUCAGAGUUUCAAAGUGGAAAGUGGGGGGCCAAGGUUGUCAUGAGAGAGGACAGUUCUGUGCGGCUGUCCGUCCAGUCUUCCCCCGAAUGUAUCGUGGGGAAAUUCCGCAUGUAUGUUGCUGUCUGGACCCCCUAUGGCAUACUUCGAACCCGUCGAAACCCAGAAACAGACACGUACAUUCUCUUCAAUCCUUGGUGUGAAGAUGAUGCUGUGUAUCUGGAUGAUGAGAAAGAAAGAGAAGAAUAUGUCCUGAAUGACAUCGGGGUAAUUUUUUAUGGAGAGGUCAAUGACAUCAAGACUAGGAGCUGGAGCUAUGGUCAGUUUGAAGACAGCAUCCUGGACAUUUGCCUGUACGUGAUGGACAAAGCACAAAUGGACCUCUCUGGAAGGGGAAAUCCCAUCAAAGUCAGCCGUGUGGGGUCUGCAAUGGUGAAUGCCAAAGAUGACGAAGGUGUCGUUGUUGGAUCCUGGGACAAUGUCUAUGCCUAUGGCGUUCCCCCAUCAGCGUGGACUGGAAGUGUUGACAUUCUACUGGAAUACCGGAGCUCUGAGAAUCCAGUCCGAUAUGGCCAAUGCUGGGUUUUUGCUGGUGUCUUUAACACAUUUUUACGAUGUCUUGGAAUACCAGCAAGAGUUAUUACCAAUUAUUUCUCGGCCCACGAUAAUGAUGCCAAUUUGCAAAUGGACAUCUUCCUGGAAGAAGAUGGGAACGUAAAUUCCACACUCACCAAGGAUUCCGUGUGGAACUACCAUUGCUGGAAUGAAGCAUGGAUGACAAGGCCUGACCUUCCUGUUGGAUUUGGAGGCUGGCAAGCUGUGGACAGCACCCCCCAGGAAAAUAGCGAUGGCAUGUUUCGGUGUGGCCCCGCCUCCGUUCAAGCUAUCAAGCACGGCCACGUCUGCUUCCAAUUUGACGCACCCUUUGUUUUUGCAGAGGUCAACAGCGACCUCAUUUACAUUACAGCUAAGAAAGAUGGCACUCAUGUGGUAGAAGCUGUGGAUCCCACCCACAUUGGGAAAUUAAUUGUGACAAAACAAAUUGGAGGAGAUGGCAUGAAGGAUAUUACUGAUACUUACAAAUUCCAAGAAGGUCAAAAAGAAGAGAGACUGGCCCUAGAAACUGCCCUAAUGUACGGAGUUAGAAAGCCCUUCAACACAGAAGGUGUCAUCAAAUCGAGGUCCAAUGUUGACAUGGACUUUGAAGUGGAAAAUGCUGUGCUGGGACAAGACUUGAAGCUUACCAUCACCUUCCAGAACAAAAGCCACAGACGUUACUCCACCACAGCUUAUCUCUCAGCCAACAUUAUCUUCUACACCGGGGUCUCGAAGGCAGAAUUCAAGAAGGAGACGUUCAGCGUGAUGCUGGAGCCCUUGUCCUUCAAGAAAGAGGAGGUGCUGAUCCGAGCUGGCGAGUACAUGGGUCAGCUGCUGGAACAGGCGUCCCUGCACUUCUUUGUCACAGCUCGAGUCAAUGAGACCAGAGAUGUUCUGGUCAAGCAGAAGUCCGUCGUGCUAAUAAUCCCUGAGGUCGUCAUCAAGGUCCGUGGCGCUCAGGUAGUUGGUUCUGACAUGAUUGUGACAGUUGAGUUUACUAAUCCUUUAAAAACAACCCUGCAAAACGUCUGGAUACACCUGGAUGGUCCUGGAAUAACAAGACCAGUGAGGAAGAUGUUCCGUGAAAUCCUGCCCAACUCCACCGUGCAGUGGGAAGAAGUGUGCCGGCCCUGGGUCUCUGGGCCUCGGAAGCUGAUAGCCAGCAUGAGCAGUGAUUCCCUGAGACAUGUGUAUGGCGAGCUGGACGUGCAGAUUCAAAGACAACCUUCCAUGUGAAUGCACAGGACGCUGAGAUGAACCCAGGAAAUUUGGUCUCUUGUAGUCUUUGCUAAGGAAAUUCAAAUGCAAAAAUAGUCAGCUCUUGCUUUGGCUUAGGUGUGAAGACCCAGACAGGAAUGGAAGGGCCCCGGAGUGGGGAUCUCAUGUAUUUCAAAGACAUACUUUUCAAAACCCAGGCUAUUUGGCAUGGCAGUUAGUUUUUAAUCACUCCACCUUCCAAAGAAUGCUGAGCAUUACCUUUAAUUAAGCUCGAAAUUAAGCUCUCAUAGCUCAUAAGAGUAACAGUCAUCAUUUAUCAUCACAAAUGGCUACAGAUCCAAAUAUCAGCAGACUCUCUUACCAGGGAGAUUUGCUCAAUACCUGGCCUCAUUUAAAACAAGACUUCAGAUUCCCCACUCAGCCUUUUAGGAAUAAUAGCACAUGAUUUGGGCUCUGGAAUUCUAUUCCCCUUUCUUGGAGUCAGGUUCUACCCUCCAUGUCAGAAUAUUUUUCCUAGGACUGGAGCACAACAUAAUUUUUAUUUUUGGCAAAGCCAGGAAAAGGUCUUUCAUCUUGCACCUGCGGCCAAGCAAACGCCUGCCAAAUUUCACAGAUUUACCUUGUGAGAAGAUGUGGCCCCAUAUUAACAAAUUGCAUUUGUGAGAAACUUAAUCAUCUACAAGGAGAUAGGAAAGCAGGUGAAAUGCUCAGGUCUAUUGAAUAAUGUAGUUUUAUGGUGCAUUUUAUAGAAGGUGUCACGCUGUGGCCUGAUCAGCAGGAACCAAUAUCCCUUACUUUAAUCCUUUCUGGGGUGCAAUUCUAGGAAGUAAAGUGAGGAAUUUAUCUCUUUAGUUAGUGAUUAUAUUUCACCUAUCUCUCAGGAAUCAUCUUUGCAGAAUGACACAGCUUCAGGUUCCUUUUCAGAGAUAUAAUAAGCCCAACAAGUUGGAGAAGCUGGCGGUUCUAAUGGCCAGAUGUGUAGAAGGACAGCAGCCACCGAUUAUCUCUUGUCCUUCACACCACCCAUGUUGAGACCUCAGCUUGGCACUCAGGUGCUGAAGGGUAACAUGGACUCAGCCUUGCAAAUAGCCAGUGCUAGUUCUGACCCAACCACAGAGGAUGCUGACAUCAUUUGUAUUAUGCUCCAAGGCUACUAUAGACAAGGCUACAUGCUAUUUAUUUGCAAAGCUGAUUUAUGGUCAGAAUUUCCCACUGACAUAUCUAGAGUGUGAGUUAGGUCAGCAGGCUGUGAUUCUUAGCAAAAAAAUGAACAGUGGUAAGACACUGGGAGCAAAAUCAGAAUAGAAUGCUCUGGUCUAUAUAACCACAUUUCCAAGCCUUUGAGACUGUUUCUGAGCCUGCAGCACUAACCUAUGAGGGUGAGCUGGUCUCCUCUAUAGAUACAUCAUACUUAACUUUACUAAGUAAUCUCACAGCAUUUGCCAAGUCUCCCAAUACCCAAUUUUAAAAUGAAAUACAUUUUGCUAGAUAAACUGGCUUAACUUAGUAUACUAUUACUAAUUAGAAUGUCAUAGAAGCUUAAAAUAAAGUUAAUCUGAUUAGAUUUGCA